AUGUCUCAACGAAUCAUACUACCGAGUAAUCCAGAUGGACGUGUACUGGCCAAUAGGGACGGGUACGAUUACACAAUUGGUCCCAAACAAUCGCUACCAAACGAGGCAUCAGCUGCACUGGUACCCUCGCGAAUGUACUCCGAGUCUCUCAUAUUCAGAAAGCAUGAAGUAUCUCUCUCUGCUAUGGCCUUUCUCUUCCAGAGCAUGAUCGUGCACGUUCACAGCUCCAGCAAGACGACAGCUGAGUUUGAAUCUCGGCUCAGCUCCUACGGGUUUGGUAUCGGCUCCAAACUGCUGGAGCUGCUUAAUCUUCGGGCGUCAAUCCCGGCAACAGCAUAUUCAAGAAGCUCCAACUUUCUCAGCACAGCAGCCAGCACGAGCAACUCUGCGGUAGAUACCGCUGGAUCCAGCAAUGCUGCUAGCGCAGUUAACUCUCCGGGAACACCAGAUCUUGGAAACCGCACUCACGAGAACGGCAGCGAAUCCCUGGCGUCACUCAUCAACAACACCAGAUCGCGCGAUCUGAAGAUCAUAGACAUGCUGCAGUUCGUUCACGGCACUGUAUGGUCCUAUCUCUUUGGCCAUGUCAGCGACGACCUAGUCAAGUCGUCGGAAAGAGAUAACGAGUAUAUGAUAGUGGAUAACCAGCCAGUACUGACGCAAUUCGUCUCUGGCGGCGUCUCGUGUGAUUACUUCGUUUGCGGCAUCAUUCAAGGCUUCCUCAACACUGCUAAGUUCCCUUGCCGUGUGUCAGCCCAUUGCAUGCCGCAAGAUGGCUUUGAUCGCAGGGUCGUCUACUUAAUUCAGUUCGACAAGCAGGUCCUCGAAAGAGAAGGGUUGAGAUUCCCGCAGUGA